AUGGCGGACGAUGGAGAUGGCAAGAGUGGAAUAACAGUUGACACAAGUGGCGGGCAAGGGACAACGGAAGAGGAGUUGGAUCCAGGGCCCAGUCUUGGCGGGAUGCUGUUCAAUUUCAGUGUGUUAGUCGUUGUGAUCUUAGUCUGUUAUGGAAUUUAUCGAUGGUGGUUCAGGAGGCUUGUUUCUGACGCGGGGGACGGGAGCGAGGCCUUGUCUCUGCCCAAAAUGAGAAGACGGGAUUUCAGUCUCGAACAGCUAAGGGAAUAUGACGGUGUUCAAAACCCCCGCAUCCUAAUGGCAGUUAAUAUGAAAGUCUUCGACGUUACCAGUGGCAAAAAGUUUUAUGGACGUGACGGGCCAUAUGGGAUCUUUGCGGGGCGGGACGCUUCACGGGGCCUGGCCACGUUCUGUCUGGAGAAGGACGCUCUUCGUGAUGAGUACGACGACCUCUCUGACCUGAACGCUGUACAGAUGGAGAGCGUCAGAGAGUGGGAGAUGCAGUUUAUGGAAAAAUACGACUACGUGGGCCGUCUGCUGAAGCCCGGAGACGAGCCGUCGGAAUACACAGACGAGGAGGACAUCAAGGAUCAUCUGAAACACGACUGAUCUGUUCAAUCCACACUGCGACCAAAGCCUAGGACUGAGAACGGCUGCCAUUGAACCACCCUACCCUCGCAACGUCCCUUUCCCCCGUAAUCCCAGAUUUGCCCCCUGUUACCCAUACUCAUCCAUCCUCUGGUUAUAUCCCACCCUAUUUACUCCCUCCAGAAGUGCCCUCUGUGGUUCUGCUGUAUAGACCCUUACAAAACCUCCUCCAGUUAUAUAUGUAUAUAUCCAUUUAUGGACAAGCUCCGCCCAUAUUCCCUAUAUAUGGAUAUCCCCACCCUCUCAGAUGGUUGGUAUACUGUCGCUUUUUCUCCCCCUAGAAACUCCGCCUCUUCCAUGCUCUGGUUCUACAGCAGCCCUGGACCCAACGGACACCUCACAUUCUCUAGACCACACCUCCUUUCUGUAUUUCAGCCUGUUAAUUGUAAUGAAACAAACCUGGGGCUUUUAAUGCAAUCUGCACAUCUGUGAGUAAUCUGUAAUGAACUGAAAUGUGAAAAUGAAGGAGAGAAAAAAGAAUGAAACACUGAGAAAACAUAGAAACACAUUUUUAUUCACUCUUUUUUUGGGUGGGGGGGGCACUGUGUACAACAGUUUGAAUACCCCAGUGGUGAGUAGCCGUGUGGUUAGUGUGUCAGUAUAACUGGUAGAGGGAGGGAACUGUAAGCAGUCAGUGAUUUAGAAAGGUACAGAGAGGCAACUGGGGUGGUGUUUAUUUUUUCUUUUAUGGUCGGUUGGUUUAUUUCUGUAAUGUGCAGCACUUAUGCCUCAACACAUCUCAGCAUUCAAAUCUCAUUCUUGCUGAUCAUCUACAGUUUUUUUUUGCUCUUGAUCAAUUCAAGUGAGAGAUUGACCAGUUAAAGGCCACCUCCCCCAUGCCAUGUCCAAUUCAAUGCGGGUGAGGUGGGGGGGAACACGGGAGAGGCUACUGUUUUUCUGUUUUGUUUUUUUUUUGUUUGUUUAUGGAGUCCACUUUUAGUGUCCCAGUUUGUCAAAAUGUGAUUGUAUAUUUUUGGUGGCUUUGUGUGGGUGGGAUUAUGAUGAUGUAGGGAGCUCUUAAGGUCUGCUCUCACUCCAUUUUUUAAAUGGUCAUUUUUGAGACGCAUGAAAAUGAUUGUUUGAAUAUAAAGGGAAGGUGAGUUGACAGUUCAGCUCAAUCAGCUGUCAUGCCAAUCAUCAACACGCUAGCCCACAGAGUCCCCAACCCCCCUGCCCACCUCCCAACAAACAGUCUAAGUAUUAACUGUGCCUUAUUUCUGUUUGUUCACAUGACUAAUGUCCUCAGCAGUUAAAGGGGGUAAAAUGGAUUGUCAAAAAACGUAAACACGUACCACUGGGAAAGAUCUACUCUUCCCUUACACAUUUUUAUCCUCAAGUUGGUGUGAAAAGAAAAGCAUUAUCCUUGUAAUUCAUGUUCAGAUGAGAAAGGCAUGCUUUUGUUUGACCGAAAACAGACCAGAGAGACUUUUCUCGUGUCACAACCUUGUACAUAGAUUCUGCAAAGACUAUUCAGUGUUACUGCCAUAAUUUAUGUAGGUAAAUGAUCUCCAUAUACUACUGUGUUGUAUUGGCCAAACACCCCAUGCGUGCGAUUUUUUUUUUUUUUGUUUGGUUGGGGGUUUUUUCCACAUGUCUCAGUUGAAGUUCUUUUUAAGUGUGAAGAAUUUACACAGUGAUUUUUUGUUUGGUUUUUUGUUUUGAGAGAGAGGGGUAGGAGAUUUGAACCCGUGCUUUGGGAGGGGCAGGUGGGAGGGGGAUAACAAUUUGUCGAUCCUGUAUAUAACUGUAUCAUUUUAUUAAAGCAUGUGCUGCAACAGUGAGCUAGUGCUGGGUACCAACGUUGUGUAUUUAAAUGUUGGGUGUGUGUGUGUGUGUGUGUGUGCGUGUGUGCGCGCGUGCAAGCCUGAGGAAGGGACGUAUUAAUGCAUAGAUAAAUAAACGGAUUUGAAUAAUA